AUGAGCGAAGUCGACCUUCAACCGAGUACCUCUACGGCAACGCCUCCCCCAGAGCGGAAGCAGUUUGGUGCGCACCUGCCCCCACCUACCCGAACGAUUGCGUUGGGAGACAAACUUCCACCACCUCGGCGCGUCAAUGACGGCUCAUCAAGCGAUGAAGAGGACGAUGAAGACGUCAAGAUGAAGGUUGAUCUCCUGCCUGAUGCUAGUCGCGCCUCGCGCCGGCCGCCUGUCGUCGAUUGCCUCAACUAUUCUGAGUUCAACAUCCAUAUCCCUGCGUACACCGGCUCGGUCGCGGUAUCUGGACACGCUGUUGCGGUUGUGACGCAACAUCAUCUUCGCGUAUACGACCUCUCGAUUUCGGACGCGCCCAUAUGGAACCUCGACUCCAAAAACGGCGACUUCAACAUCAAGAUCAAGGACUUCAAGAUGACCAGCGUCGAAUUCCGUCCGACGACCUCCCUGCAGGACCGAGGCGCGUUCUUGUGGAUCGGGACGAAGGACGGCCACCUCAUCGAGCUCGACGUGCGCACUGGCCAGGUCACUGCGGCCCGUCCCGCCGUGCACGCGCACACCAUCACGCACAUGUUCCGGCACGACCAGUCGAUGGUCACCCUCGACGACACCGGGAAGGUCCUCGUCUGGUCGCCCUCGGACGACCUCGACCUCGACCUCAGCACGCAGACCCCGCGAGUGGUGCGGAUAGCGGAGAAGCAGGAGUUCGCGAAGAUGAUCGGGGGCCAGCUCUGGACGUCGACCCGCGAUCCCUCUGCCGGGGGGAGCGUGCCUGGGACGUCGAGGGGCCCGUACAUGCGCGUCUACGACGUCUUCACACAGGGCAGCGUGGGCAGGUCGCUGCUCCCGAGCGAACACCUCGGCGCGGUCACCGCCGCGACGGUGCUCCCGAGCGACCCCGCGCAGGCGUACGUCGCGCACGAGGGCGGGCACAUCAGCAUCUGGGCGCUCGGGGGCGGGGACGCGCCGCCGCAGUGCGUGGAGGUCGUGAAGGUGUCGACGUCGGACAUCCUGAGUUUGGAGGGCGUGAACGACCGGCUGUGGGCGGGCGGGCGGAAGGGCACGAUCUCGGCGUACGACGUGGGCUCGAAGCCGUGGACGGUCACGAACUCGUGGAUGGCGCACCAGAGUCUGCCGGUGUUGCGGAUCGGGGUGGACACGUGGAGCAUGGAGAAGCUGGACCGGCUGAUGGUGUUUAGUGUGGGGCGGGACGAGAGGUUGAGGUUCUGGGACGGGCUUUUGGGCGUCGACUGGAUCGAGCAAGAGCUGCUGAAGCGCGAGACGGAGUUCAGCACGUUCCGCGACAUGACCGUGCUCAUCGUCUCCUGGAACGUCGACUCGGCGAAGCCGGACACGCUCACGGGCCCGGCGGAGAACGUGAACUUCCUGCAGGACGUGCUGCGGACGAUCGACCGCCCGGACAUCAUCGCGUUCGGGAUGCAGGAGCUGAUCGACCUCGAGAGCCGCAAGAUGGCGGCGAAGACGGUGCUCCUCGGCGGGAAGAACAAGACCGCGGACGGGUCGAUCAGCCAGAAGGUGACGACGAGCUACAAGAAGUGGUACGACCGCCUGGUGCUCGCCGUCAGGCUCGCGAUGCCCGCGGACGAACCGUAUACGGUCAUACACACGGAGAACCUGGUCGGGCUGUUCACGUGCGUCUUGGUGAAGAAUUCGGAGAGGACGCGGUUGAAGCAUGCGGCGCUCACGACGGUCAAGCGGGGGAUGGGCGGCAGGUAUGGGAACAAGGGCGGCAUCAUCUCCAGGUUCGUCGUGGACGACACGUCGAUUUGCUUCAUCAACUGCCACCUUGCCGCCGGCCAGCACCAUGUUCGGCAGCGCAACGCCGAUGCGGCUGCUAUCGUCGAGGACCAGUCCAUGCUUCCCGAGCCGGACGAGGGUGCUGCGUACGUGAAUGGAGGUGAUGGGACCAUGGUCCUGGACCACGAGCUCGUCUUCAUGAACGGCGACAUGAACUACCGCAUCGACCAACGACGCGAGGCGGUCGUCGCGGCCGUCAAGGCGGGCGACCUCCAGCAACUCGUGAUCCAUGACCAGCUCCGGAAGGAGAUGAAGUUCAACCGCGCGUUCCGGCUCCGCACGUUCCAGGAGGGCCCGCUGGACUUUGCGCCUACGUACAAGUACGACCGGCGGUCAGACGAGUACGACACGUCGGAGAAGGCGCGGACCCCGGCGUGGUGCGACCGCGUGCUCUGGCGGUCGCUGGUGCCCGAGCGGGUGGAGCUGCUGCACUACCGGCGGUGGGAGGCGAACGUGUCGGACCACCGGCCGAUCUCUGCUGGGUUCAAGAUCAGGGUCAAGUCGGUGAAGCACGAGGCGCGGGCGAGGGUGAAGGCGGAGGUGCAGGAGCGGUGGAAGGAGGCCGAGAGGGACUUGUUGGCGGCGGCGAUGCAGUAUUACAUCGACCAGAAAAUGAUCUGA